UCCGGAACGACUCGAUAGACUACGCCAUGGUUUUACUGUUUUUUUUGUUUUGUUUUGUUUUUUCCUGCUGUUCAAUUCCGGAAUAAUAACCGAAGCUAUAUCGUGAUUUUACCCAACUUAUUCUUUAUACUUUAGCAGCAAGAAUGGGAUUUUGGAACAUCAUUAUUGUACUGCUGGCCGUGUUGUCAUUUUAUCUCUACCAAAGCUAUGUUUACAGAAGACCAACGUACAAGCACAUAGACAAACUUUUGGAUUCCUACGAUUAUAUUAUAGUGGGGGCGGGGACGGCUGGGUGUGUUCUCGCUGCCAGACUGUCCGAGAACAGUUCUAGAACGGUGCUGCUACUGGAGGCCGGACCCAGUGACGUCAGCCACGCCGAGGUGGACACGCCGGCCCGGGUGCCGGAAACAUUCUUGAGCCGGUUCGAUUGGAAGCUGUACAGCCGGCCCCAGGAGCAGGCGGCUCUCGGUCUGGAGGGUCAGAGAAUGUACAUACCUCGUGGGAAGAUCCUUGGUGGCACAAGUCAAAUUAAUUACAUGCAAUGGAGCCGAGGUCACAGACUAGACUUUGACAGAUGGGCGGAGCAAGGAUCUGAAGGGUGGAGUUAUCGUGACGUACUUCCGUUUUUCAUGAGAUCAGAAGACGUAGUCCCAAAACAUUUGGCAAACAAAGAAUACCGAGGUUCCGAUGGCCAAGUAAAGAUAACCCAGUUAAAUGGCUAUGGUUUGGCCACAGUUUUCAUUAAUGCGGUUAAGUCCCUUGGUUUUCAAGAGACCGACUACAACGCGGAAACUCAAGAAGGGGUCGCUCGCACACAGAGCAACAUCUACAAGGGUGAGAGGUGGAGCUCAGCACGUGCGUACCUGUGGCCUGCCGCAGACAGGGAGAAUCUGCACAUUGUCACCGACACACUGGUUCAUAAGGUCCUUAUAGAGCACAAGACGGCCGUGGGGGUCAGGCUGAUUCGGAAUUCCAGUCCGGUUGACGUCCGGUGCUCCAAGGAAGUGAUUCUAGCCGCCGGAAGUUUUGGGUCACCUCAGGUGCUGAUGCUGUCAGGGGUCGGACCCAGGGAACAUUUAGAGUCACUGAAGAUACCUUUGGUUGCUGACCUACCGGUGGGGGAGAAUCUCCAGGAUCACGUGACCACCGCGCUCUCUGUGAUCACCAACUCGAGCCUCGGGUCACCACGUAUCACACUGUACCACCAGCUGGAGUACAUGACCUUUGGAACGGGUCCCCUGAGUUUACCAGGUGGGAAUGACGUCAUCGCUUACCUGAAAACUCUACCUCACCUGCAGCAGCCCGAUAUACAGUUUACCUUGGUGGAGCAGCUGAUGGACAAGAAGUUCAUGAAGGUCAUGCCCGGCUUAAGCUCCGAGCUCCUCCACAGCUGGAGGCUCCAGGAGCAGGGCCAGGGGUUCCUGGUCCUGGUGUGCCUGCUCCGACCCAAGAGCCGGGGUUCUGUCCGGCUCCGUUCGUCUGACCCACUGGACUCUCCGGUCAUCGACCCCAACUUUUUCAGUGACCCUCAGGACCUGGAUGACCUCGUUAGAGGUGUGCGACUCGCCCAGAAGAUCGUGGACACCGAACCACUGAGACAGCUGGGGGCGGUCAUUGACCCCGCCCCACUGCCCAGCUGUGUCAGCCAUCUUUACAACAGCGACAGUUACUGGAACUGUUUCAACCGUCAACUAGCCUCUACUUCUCACCACCCCGCCGGCACGUGCAAGAUGGGCGCCACUGAUGACGUCACAACAGUAGUGGACAACAGAUUAAGGGUGAAGGGUGUGAGGAACCUCCGUGUAGCAGACGCCUCUAUCAUGCCGGACGUCGUGUCGGCCAACACAAACGCCGCAACCUUCAUGAUAGGCGAGAAGGCAGCGGACAUGAUACUCAAUGACGGGAAGUAAAAAGUUGACCAAAACAUCGUGUUUGCAGAGGCGUAGGAACCCUUCCCGGCGCCCGGGGACAAACUUUUCGAUUUGCACCCCCACCCCUCAAACUUUCGAUUUGCGCCUCCCCCUCAAGGUUUUUUAUUUCAAUUUAUUUUUCCAACCCAUUUUGGCGCCCCCUAAGGUCGGCGCCCGUGGACAUAUGCCCCCCCCCCCCCCCGCCCCCCUCGCUACGCUACUGGUUUGUUGUUGCUUGAAAUCCCACAGGAACGGGAAAUAUAACUUUGCCCAUGUUAUUCGUGUUUGUUGUUUCUUGAAUGAAAUCCUAUUUGACUUGUAUCAACGGGGACAGGAAAUAAAAAGUUGACCA